AUGACAGGACAAAGACUAACCACAUCCCUAAAAAAAAUAGAGUGGAUAGAUGCAAAUUGCUCCUUGGCCGUUACACCAGUGGUCUUCAUCGAAAGAUUUUGUUUAGCGAUGAGAAAAUUUUUACAAUUGAAUCGCCAAAAAGAUCGCGUGUACGCACACAUCUCUAAAGAAGUCCAGGAAGUUAUUGGAAGAGUGGAAAGAGAUUAUCAACCUUCCUCAGUGAUGGUUUGGAAGUCAUUAGGUUUUCCAGCAGGAUUUCGAUACAGCUCACAAGGGCGGCUCAACUCAGCAGUGACUGCGAAAGAACAUUGUAGUGUUCAUAUCUGCCUCGGAUUGGCCCUUAGGAAGCCCUGA